UAAAUUAGCUAAGCUAGCAAGCUCUCUCAUAACCAAUAUUCUUCAAGCCAUGGAGCCUCUUCAAGGCAGAAAAACUAGUCUCAAGAAGAAUACCCCACUUCUAGUUCUAUUUAUAACCAUAACACUAUUUCUCCUUGCUACUUUCCCACUCUACUAUCCUUUACUUGGUUACCCUCUCUAUUUGCUGCACAAUCAUGCCAAAUUAUCUGCUUCACCAUCAUCAUCAUCAUCUUAUGGUGAUGAUUAUGAGGAGCCGUUGGCGAUCCGGCCGGCGACAGAUAAAUGUGACAUAUUUUCAGGGGAAUGGGUGCCAAAUCCACAAGCACCAUACUACACAAACACAACAUGUUGGGCAAUUCAUGAGCACCAGAAUUGUAUGAAGUAUGGAAGGCCAGAUGCAGAGUUCAUGAAAUGGAGGUGGAAGCCAGAUGGGUGUGAGCUACCAGUUUUCAAUCCUGCUCAGUUUCUUGAGAUUGUUAGAGGCAAGUCCAUGGCAUUUGUUGGGGAUUCUGUCAGUAGAAACCAAAUGCAGUCCUUGAUUUGCUUGUUGUCUAGGGUAGAAUAUCCUAUAGAUGUGUCUUAUACACCAGACGAACACUUCAAACGUUGGAAGUACACAACCUACAACUUCACAAUGGCAACAUUUUGGACACCCCAUUUGGUGAAGACCAACGAGGCGGACCCCGACGGUCCGAACCACACCGGCCUCUACAGCCUCUUCCUUGACCAACUCAACGACGAUUGGAUCACUCAGAUCGAGGAAUUCGAUUAUGUGAUCAUCUCGGCAGGGCACUGGUUUCUCCGGCCGAUGAAGUUCUAUGAAAAUCAAAAACUAAUCGGUUGUCAUUUUUGUCAAAUCGAGAAUGUGACCGAUUUAACCAUGUAUUACGGUUACCGGAGAGCAUUCAGGACAGCUUUUAGGGCAAUCAACAGUUUGAAGAAUUAUAAGGGUAUAACACUUCUUAGGACUUAUGCACCAUCACAUUUUGAAAAUGGGUUGUGGAACAAAGGGGGUAAUUGUGUAAGAAAAAGGCCUUUCAGGAGCAAUGAGACAGCUUUGGAGGGUGCAAAUAUGGAGCUUUACAUGAUCCAAUUGGAGGAAUUCAAGAUUGCAGAGAAAUUAGGGCAAAAGAGGGGGUUGAGGUUUAGAUUGCUUGACACAACACAAGCCAUGUUGUUGAGACCAGAUGGUCAUCCAAGCACAUAUGGUCACUGGCCACAUGAGAAUGUGACAUUGUAUAAUGACUGUGUGCAUUGGUGCUUGCCUGGACCCAUUGACACUUGGAGUGAUUUCUUGCUGCAGAUGUUGAAGAUGGAAGCCAUUAGAUCCUUUGAAGAGAAGCUCAGUUCAUUUGACAGGAAAAUGAGGUUCUGAUGGAUUUAAUUAUAUUUCAUUUGUAUUGUAUUAAUGUUCUUGUAUUGGUAUCAUGUUCUCAAGAACCUAUAAUCUAAUUGAUAUUUGAUUGCAGCAA